ACAGAAAUCGCGCCAGCACGCAAGGAAAUAUGAGAAGACGCUGGUAUCUGGGCGCUUAUUCGGUGGCGGUGCCAGUUGUGGAUCCACGCUUGGACAUGUGGCGCGCGGUCGCGAUCCUUGGCUCCUCCCCUCAUCUUGACCGUUGAACGCGUAACAAUGGGAGUAGACGCGACUCCCCAGCCGACGCAGGAUAUUUUGGCGCUGUUAGACGCGUCGGGCUCGUCACAGACACCGUUACGACCGUCAACAAGCGCCAAUGCGCCACAGACGCCCGGGCCGCCUACGAACCCAUUUACGCUCGCAGCAGCGUCAGCAGCCAUACAACGAGCUAGGCUCGCGCAGGAAUUCAAUGCUACACAACUCUCCCAAAGUCCGGUCGGCGAAAUCGACCUCGAAGAUGCCGCCUUCCUCGCCUCUGGCUCCAGACAUCUCCACCGCGCGCGCACGAGCUUCGGGUCACCUACUAAGGCUGCUGCGGGGGGCUUCAACAUCAAUGUCGACCAGGCGCCCAUUCGCGCGAUCGACGUCACGGGCGAGGACCCGCUCGCGCAGAUGGCGACGUACGUGCAGCGCGGGCUUGAGAACGACAGCAAGGGCUGGACGGUGCAGAAGGCGAUCGAGUCCCUAGGUGCAACCACGAAGGACGACAUUCUGCCCGGAAUGGAGGUGCGCUUGCUGGAGCAUCAAUGGAUCGGUGUGGCGUGGAUGGUCAAGCAAGAAAAAAAGACUGGGGCCAAAGGAGGAAUCCUCGCCGACGACAUGGGCCUCGGAAAGACGGUGCAGAUGCUCGCCACCAUGUCCAUUGACAUGCCUGGCAUGGACGACAAAGUCCGCGUCACCUUGAUCGUCGUCCCUGCCGCGCUCCUGCAGCAAUGGAAGGACGAAAUCGAAACGAAGACCAACGGCCUAUUCCGCGCGCAUAUUCAUCAUGGCAAGGACAAGUUGACUUCGAAGAGGGAAUUGAGGGACGUGGACGUCGUGAUUACGAGCUAUCAGACGUUGAACCAGGACUUCGCGGUCCCGAAGGGGCUCAACGACUGGGACACGGAGAAGUGGUUGGAGAAGAAGGGCGGCCUCCUCGCGCGAACUGAGUUCUUCCGCGUCAUCGCAGACGAGGCUCAAUUCAUACGCAAUCGCAGCACGCAGGCUAGUCUUUCGCUAGCCUACGUCCGCGCGGAAUAUCGAUGGGCGCUGACGGGGACGCCGGUGACGAACUCGUUGGCGGAUAUCUACGGCCUCCUCCGCUUCGGCCACUUCCGCCCAUGGAAUGACUAUCCAAGUUUUGACUCGCAUAUCAUAAAAAUGCAGAACGAGGACGCGCCGAUGGCCGGGCAGCGCGCGCAGGCGAUCCUUAAGCCGCUCAUCAUGCGGCGGACGAAGGACUCGAUGCUGGAGGGGCAGCCGAUUCUGAGGUUGCCGCCGAAGGAUAUCGAGCUGGUGAAGAUGGAGUUUACGCCGGAUGAGAGGCAGAUCUACGACGACAUCGAGCAGCAGACGCAGGUGCGGAUCAACAAGUACAUCGCGAAGGGGACGCUCGUGAAGAACUACUCCUUCAUUUUGGUCCUCAUCCUCCGCCUGCGGCAGCUCACCUGCCAUCCACAACUGAUCCUCGCCCAAUCUGGCCAACUCGACGACCCGUCGCUUAUUGUAGGCACGGAUGCGGAGAAGGAGCGCUCGAGGGCGACGAAGCUCAUGGGCAAGGCUUGGGUUGAUUCGGUCGCGCGCAAGUUCAUGGCACGCGCUGAGCUGGGCUUUAAUGACGAUGAUCCUUCGUUGGGCGCGGAUUGUCCUGUUUGCCAUGAUUUGUUCGGACAGGAUAAGGGCAGGGUACUGCCUUGUGGGCAUCAGGUUUGCGUAGAGUGCCUGGAGGACUUGCAAAACUCAGCCAUUGCUCACGACGGCGUGUUCGGCGAGGGCAGCGAGAAGGAAAACCUUCGAGCCGAACAGGAGUACGAGCGGGCUGUAGCGCAAGGACUCCGGCCAUGCCCAACCUGCAAGAAGAUGACCAACUUCAAGGGCGACAAGAUCUUCAAGUCUUCCGCCUUCGAGCCCACGAAGGAGGAGGUCAAGGAGCAGAAGCGCAAGCGCCGUGAAGCGCGCAAAGCCGCUGCCCGAGCGCGCCGCCAGCCCCAGUCUAUCUUUUCGGACAUCGACGAUAGCGAUAUCGAGAUUGAGGACGCGCCGCCAAAGAGGGCGUUCGAGGAUAUUGUGCUGGACGAUUCGGACGAUGAGUUUCCGGACUUGGACAUGAUCAGUCAGAGGCCGACGAAGAAGAGGAAGUCGGAUGAGGGGGUGCAGAACAUCUACUCCAAGUCGAAGAAGAAGGGCUCGGACGAUGAGAGCGACGAGGAUUCGGAUGUUGGCCUUGACCUCAGCUCUGCCAUGGCUCGGCCGAAGAAGCGGAAGACGAAGGGGAGCAAUAUGGGCAAGAAGCGUGUUGGCAAGGAUGACAAUCAAGCGAUGUAUGAGCGUUGGGCGAAGAGCGACGACGAUAUCGAACCUAGCACCAAAAUGCUCAAAUUGCUUGAGUUGCUGAGGGAGUGGGAUGCGACGGGGGACAAGACGAUCGUCUACUCGCAAUGGACCUCCAUGCUCGACCUCGUCGACACCGUCUUCUCCAUCCACGGCAUCAGCGCGCUCCGCUUCGACGGCCGCAUGGACCGCCAGCAGCGCGAUGCUGUCCUCGCCGCGUUCAAGCGCCCCGGCGGGCCCAAGGUCAUCCUGAUCAGCACCAAGUGCGGGAGCGUCGGCCUCAACCUCGUCUCCGCCAACCGGGUCAUCAACCUCGACCUAUCGUGGAACUACGCUGCCGAGAGCCAGGCGUAUGACCGGUGCCAUCGUAUCGGUCAGGACAAGCCGGUGUGGAUCAAGCGGUUGGUUGUGGAGGACACGAUCGAGGAGCGCAUGCUCAAGCUACAGGACGUCAAGGUCGGGCUGGCUGAGGCGGCGCUGGGCGAGGGCACGGGCACCCGCUUGCACAAGAUGAGCGUGAAGGAGAUCAAAUUUUUGUUCGGUAUGGCAAAGCCCAAGGAAAAGCAGAGCUUGGCGCAGCUCCUUGAGCAACCCGAGGACGAGGACGAGGACUCUGAGGCUAUCGAGGAUUUGGAUUAGACUCAUGCAUGAAGGCCCGCCUUGUUUCCAUUCAUUGCGGGGGAGAACAACAUUCCUGCGACCCGACUUCCUCUCGUUCAGCUUUCGGCGCUACUGACUCUUUCUCAAUUUUUCAUACUGUUCGGCCCACAAGCUUGAAGAGGCAUAUUCUUGUUUAUUCUACUGACUGACCCACACACUUGUAAUGCUUGUAUUGGAUAGAAGUGUAUGUUACUUAUUCAUAUUGUACUCUGCUGUAACAUGCGCGCCUUCUCGGACGUCCUCAAUACGUCGAGAUAGAGCCUCUCGCUGCUGUGGCCGCUGUCCGC